CAGAGUGGGGCCUUCCUGAUUCAACUUGAGUGGGAUCUAAAAUUAACUGAGCGGACAUCAAAAAACUUGUGAGCACACGUGCGCAUGCCUUAGAGGGAACAGUGCAACCAGCAUGUCUUUUGCAAGGCUCCAGAUGCUGCUAGGUGUUCCAUGGUAGCUCUUGUCUGUACCACAGCAAGAAGGCUUCACCCCAAGUUACUCAUAAAAGCGAGGAAUACUCUGCACUCCCUUCCACUGUGUGGUGUUUUUCAGGGGUACGGCUCCACUACAACCGGGAAACUGGCGUCUCACGGCUUUGCUUCCAUGGCAGCAAUGUCAUCCUUUCCCCCACAGAGGUAUCACUAUUUCCUAGUGCUGGAUUUUGAGGCCACCUGUGACAAGCCACAGAUCCAUCCUCAGGAGAUAAUUGAGUUUCCCAUCCUGAAGUUAAAUGGCAGGACAAUGGAGAUUGAAUCCACCUUUCACAUGUAUGUGCAGCCAGUGGUCCACCCACAGCUCACACCUUUCUGCACAGAGCUGACUGGAAUUAUUCAAGCCAUGGUGGAUGGGCAACCCAGUCUCCAGCAAGUGCUUGAGAGGGUCGAUGAAUGGAUGGCAAAGGAAGGCCUCUUGGAUCCCAGUGUCAAGUCGAUUUUUGUAACCUGUGGAGACUGGGACUUGAAAGUAAUGUUACCUGGACAAUGCCAAUACUUAGGGCUUCCAGUUGCUGAUUACUUCAAACAGUGGAUUAAUCUCAAAAAGGCAUACAGCUUUGCCAUGGGGAGCUGGCCAAAGAACGGACUCUUAGACAUGAACAAAGGCCUGAACUUACAGCACAUAGGAAGGCCUCACAGUGGGAUAGAUGACUGCAAGAACAUUGCCAACAUCAUGAAGACAUUGGCCCACAGAGGGUUCAUCUUCAAGCAGACCUCCAAGCCCUUUUGAUCUCCGGGGCCGGCCGGACAGGGCUGCAUGCGGCCGGCUCCUGCUACAUGGGCGUGAUGGGCUGGAGCGUUCGAAUGAAAGAAAGAGGACAGAGGAACGAGCAACCCCACGACUCCGUCAGUUUUGCUGUUCUGCCAGUAGAGGCUGUAUAUAUGGAACUGGAAUCUCUGUGUAGGCCUGACGUGACUCCCUCUCUGGGGCCAGCUGCCUGCCCAGCCUGGCCCAGCCUGCAGCCCCCCAGGGCGCUUGCUCCACAUGGUUAGAGACGUAGAUUGUUUUCCCUUUUGUUGGCUUCUGAUUUCCAUUGGCGUCUCUCUCUCUCUCUCUUGCUCUCGCUCUCUCUCUCUCCCUCCCUCCUCUCUGCUCACAUUUGCGCCUGUAGCAAGACCGUGGCGCCAUGUUUGGGGCACUUGCCCUUCUUAUUUUGAGUCUAAUAGCUCAACAGCUGCGGUCAAGCUCCCCUUUUCCUGUGUGAAUCUGUUACUGUGUCUUCUGCGUGUCAGCUAAAUAUUGACUGAGCAGCAUCCAGACAGCCCUCUUUCUUCGGCAGGCUCCCCCACCCCCCCACCCCAUUCUCUUUCCCUGCCUCCCCACUUCUGUUUUAAGCAAACACUAACCAUCCAAUUCCUCCUGUAUGUGACUAAGGAAGCUCGGCUCUUUCUGUUCAAGGUGAAGUGCCUGUAUGCCACGCCCAGCAGGGGCCACCUAUCUCCCUGGGGCUCUGUUCAGCAAGGGCUAUUGCAGGCUGGAGCAUCCCGGUUGAUGCUCAUCACCACGUGCAGCAUUUCUUGCAUCUUGGUCCUUCGCUCAUGCCUCCUCCUCGGGGCACGAGGCGCUCUGGUGUGCAUCCAUCCUGUGCUUGUGCAUGGCCUCCUGUGUAGCACGAAGUCCACUGCAGGCAGCGGACAUGCCCAUCACUGCUAGCCCAGCAAGAGUGCGUGUUCCCAGCCGCAGCUCCUGGCAGGGGUCUGUAAACUGACUGAAAGCAUUGCCUCUUCCCUCUACUGAAACUGACCUCCUCCCCCACUCCCACAAUGGUACUUGGCAGCACCAGUGUGUUGCUUCAGAGGUGUGGCUUAUCCUUCUCAUCGCUCUGGACCAGUGUGGGAUGGAGGAGAGAAAGAAGAACUCUCCCUCCCCUCGCUUGGUGGUUUCCUGAAACCUCCUGCCAUAGCCCUAGCCUUUGCUGAAUGGAUCCCCAGGUGGAUAAGCCCCAGCUGCCACCUACCUGAGAGCCACCCCAAAAGGGCUCUGCCCAUGCAGCAGUCAGGCUGUGAGCUGAUACAGGCACUGGGCCUUCCCAGUAAAUAAUGCAUGGUGUGUGGAUGUUCCAGCUGAACCCAACCUGACCUCCUCAUCAGCUCGUUACUCCCAUUCUUGCUGUAAAUGUGCCACAUGAAUAAAGUUUGGGGGAAAGGAA